AUGCUGCUGAAGUCGCUGAUUCGAGCGUUCCUCUUGCUAAAAUGAGUGAGAUGUUUAACUUUACGUUGACAUCUGACUAUGCGGGUAUUGAAGACCCUCCUCAAAAGAAUAUAUCUGUGAUGAGAGAGCCUCAAGGAUCAAGAUAUGGAAGAGCUCUUUUGGUCACUCCCUGUUCUCCUGGGAAUUAUGACAACUCAGGUAUUUGCUCACCUUGUGGGACAAUGUGCGCUUAUUGUGAUGACAAUGGAAACUGUUUGGGCUGCCAAAACAACUAUACAAUGAUAA